AUGGCUACUCUAUCAAGCUUGGUCGCUACGCCGAUGAUUCCUAAAACCCACUUUCUCUCAGGUUCCUCGUUGAAACCGAUGGAGAAAUGCUUCUUGAAAACCAGCUCUGUUGAACGCUUUCCAGGUUCCUCUUUUAGGGCUAAAACAUCACGUGACCAGCCACUUGUUAUUCGAGCUAGUGGUGAUGGUGGAAGGUCAAGCAGUGGAAGUAUUUUCGUUGGUGGUUUUGUAUUGGGAGGACUAAUUGUUGGAGCAUUGGGUUGUCUUUAUGCCCCUCAGAUAAGCAGGGCACUAGCUGGAGCUGACCGUAAAGACUUGAUGAGGAAACUUCCAAAGUUUAUGUAUGACGAAGAAAAAGCUUUGGAGAGGACUCGCAAGGUGCUUACUGAGAAAAUAGCGCAGCUGAAUUCUGCCAUAGAUGGUGUUUCUGCACAGUUGAAGCCAAAUGAAGAUCCAGAUGAAUUGGCAUUGAACUCAGAGGAAAUUGAAGCUACCUUAUAA